GUAUGCGCUAGUGCAUUACAAUGAGGUCCGUCGUACUUGUAUUUGUCUUUUUGUGGCAAUAUUCUAACAUCAGAGAAUGUUCUUGCCUAUGGCAAUUACAUGCAACGAAUGUAACUCGACCACUUCAGGAUGUGUUAAACAGAACGAUACAUGUUGCGGAAGAAGCUGACACGCCUCUCUUUAACGAAACUACCCUGAUGAAUUUCACAUACACCAUUCACAUAGGAAUCAAUUCUAGCGAGCUAGAAUCCGCUGAAAACUCAUCGCGAGUUGCACAAGUGGACUGCUUAGGAUUGGGAGAGACGGUAGCAAAGAGUUUGGAGUCUUUCUUCAGAAGCAAACCUAACGGUAGUGAUGCACUGGAUGUGCGAUUUUUUCUCUCCUCCAGAAAGCAACCGCGUCGCGUGGAAGUGGUAUUAGGCGAACAGUUCGGCUUGGAGUGGACGGAUUUCAAGAUAGAACGUAGAACAGUGAUAAUAGUACACGGUUUCCUAUCGCAUGGCAAUGAAACAUGGAUCAGCGAUAUGGAAAGGGCAUUACUCCAAUGGGAUGACGUUAACGUAAUGGUGGUAGAUUGGAGCGCUGGCAGUAAUACGUGGAAUUAUUAUAAGGCGGCGGUUAACACCAGAAUAGUGGGAUAUCAGAUAUCAAAAUUUAUAGAGCACGUGACGAACGCUACAAUCAGCAACGAAGGAUCGGAUAUGAGUAACUGGGGUCCUUUACAUCUAAUAGGACACAGUCUCGGAGCUCACAUCUGCGGAAUGGCCGCAAAGGAGUUGAAAAAGCGACAGAGCAGAUGGACGAUACGAAGGAUUACCGGUCUGGACCCGGCGCAGCCGUGCUUUCGCAAUGCCGAUCCAUCCGUUCAUUUGCAUAAAAAUGACGCUUCAUUCGUCGAUGUGAUACACACAAACGGCAGAUUACUCACAAGUCUAGGUCUCGGCUUACCCGAAGCUAUAGGUCAUGUGGAUUUCUAUCCCAACGGCGGUAAAGUGCAACCUGGCUGCGCGAGGACGGAACCAUGGUACUUCGAUUAUUUGCCGAUUUCUAAAAACGAUACUGAAGCGAUACAAAAAGCGAUAUGUAGUCAUGGACGUUCCUACAUUUACCUCACGGAAUCUUUAGCGUCUGCCGCUACGGGCAAUUGCAGUUUCUGGGCACAUCAUUGGGACCUAACAUAUAGAAAUCUCUUGCAAAUAAUCACCGAACCAUGUGACGCAAACGUCUGUACAGAGAUGGGUAUUAGAGCAGAGAUGUACAAUCACCGCGGGAUCUUUUUCGUAGCUACCGCUAGCACUCAUCCGUUUUGCACCAACAGCACUGAUAUUACUGAGGAGGUAAAGAGGCAAUUGCAACUGGAUUUCGGUGAGAUAAUUGGGAUUGACUAACAAUAAACAAUUUACGUAUCUGUAAACAAAUGCGUUAUUAGCAUAUACUUUAUCGCGCGCACAGUACAUUUAAAUAGCUUCUUAUAUUUAGAUAUUUACAAUUGAAUGCGUUUACACAAUACAAAUAAUAUAUACAAUUU